CUCGUCUUUACUGGUUGUAUUAUGGGUGCCCUGAGUCCCAGCUGGCACUUUCCCAGUUUCAGUGCCAAAACCCCACAUCCCAGGACCCCUUGGCCCCAGGCACAUGGGUGGUGCCGGCCUGGCUGCAUUGCACAGCACAGGUGGGAGCGUACCUGUUAAUCUCAGCUGCUCCAUGACACAGCUUUCAUGGACAGAAUCUGCAAAAAGCAGACCCUUUUUAUACCUCAGAACUUCAAUUCUCAAAGAAACCAGUAGUAUCACACACCAGGUGCUCGGAACCCUUGGGACACCAGGACCAGCUGACCUGAGCUGAGCAUUGCCAGAUUUAGCGAAUCAAACACGGGAUGCCUAGUCUCACUUGAAUCUCAGCGAGGAUGCGCAGAGGGGAGCGUAAGUAUCCCUGAAGGUGAGCCUGUCCCACCAGCCACAGCGAGGUGAGAGACUUCCAUUAUGUUAGCACCUCAUAUUUUGGGUUUUUGUCACUUGAAACUAAUCCUGGUACAAACUGUGAACACACACUGCUACAACACAAUGACCUCAGAAAGACAGCAAGUGACAGACAUGGAUGCAGUUCAGAAAACCCCCAGCAUCUAAUGGGUGCUGUUGUCUGAGCCUCAUGUUUAUGAUAGUUCUUCUCAUCAUCUGUACUUCUGUUCCUUUCCAAGUAGAAUUGUUCUUUAAUCGCCCUCUGACCCCUGACCUGCAUGAGGGGAUGGGGUGUAGCUGGAUCACAGAGAAGAAAGAACUGUUCACACAGUCUUGAUCUGAAGUGUCAGUGCAGCCGGCAUUCACUUGGGACAAGCAGAAUUUCCAUUUGCUAAAUUAACUCUGAAUCCUCCAGAAGGAAUUGUGGCAGGCCCCAUGAAUGAAGAGAAUUUUUUUGAAUGGGAAGCAUUGAUUAUGGGCCCAGAAGACACCUGUUUUGAGUUUGGGGUGUUUCCUGCCAUCCUGAGUUUCCCACUUGAUUACCCAUUAAGUCCCCCAAAGAUGAGAUUUACCUGCGAGAUGUUUCACCCCAACAUCUACCCAGACGGCAGAGUCUGCAUUUCCAUCCUGCACGCUCCUGGCGAUGACCCCAUGGGCUACGAGAGCAGCGCUGAGCGCUGGAGCCCCGUGCAGAGCGUGGAGAAGAUCCUUCUGUCGGUGAGCCCAACGACGAGAGUGGUGCCAACGUGGACGCCUCCAAGAUGUGGCGGGACGACCGGGAGCAGUUCUACAAGGUCGCCAAGCAGAUUGUGCAGAAGUCGCUGGGGCUCUGAGCCUCCCGUGCCCGUGCACAGCCGCGCGCAGACGCACCACCAGGCAGUUCGCGGGGUUUCCUCUGGGACACUCAGUGACCGGGACACUCUGUGCUGGUACCAAAAAAGGCGAGCUUGCAGAACCACAGCAUCUGUGUUUUUUGUACCUUCCCCACCCCAGGCGGGCUUCUCUUCUGAAAUGCAGGCUUCUGUAGGAUGAUGGCAGCCAGGCGCAGUUGGGGCGUCCUGCGAGGGGCUUGGGGAGCAGAUGCGCUGUCACCGCUACAUCUCCAGCUGCCGCGCCUGUGCACCCAGCACGUCCUGGAGCGGGAGCGGGAGUGGUGAGGGCACGUGCCAGCUCCGUGACUAGAGCCAGUGAUGCUCCUCCUGAAGAUCUGGGGCCUUGUUGCACAGGUGGAGGGCUGCAGCUGGAUGUCUCCAGGCUCCUCUCGGUCCCCUUGUCCCCAGCAAGGAGCACACGACUUUGUUUCAGUACCUUGUUUCACAAGCAGGUUUUUUUUCUUGCAGUCUAGUCAUAUUUUUCAUUUGUUGUAUGUUACAAAUAGUCACAUUUAGAAAUACUGUCAGGAAAUAAAUACUUUUAAAAAUGUGGAUUAAUGAAAAGGGGGUGCAUAGAAAAGUGUCGUACUGUCUGUAAGGACCAGCAUCUUCCCUGCUGGUGUUCACUGCAGCUCACCCUCGAGUCUUGAGUACUAGUGCAUUUCCUGGAGUGCGAGCAUGGGAAGCCAAGACUGUGGUCCAGGCACCUUUUGGGUAUGCAGGAGGUUCUUUUUCCAGUCUGAAGGCUAGGAGGUUCUGAGCAUGUGUACACAGUGGCUGUGGCAGCAUCUAUGACUGUUGGGACAAAACCAUUCUUUGCAGCUUGGGGAGGGGAAGGAAGGGAAGGGCUCCCCUCAGCACAGAGCACAGAGCGUGCCUUACCUGGACCUGAUCGGCGCCUGGGAAGUGUGGUGCGGGUCCUGGGUCCCUGUUGUGGGCGGGCGCUUAGCUGUGGUUCGUGAUUUCAAGAUGGUCUGCAUGCCCCGGUGUGGGCAGCUCAGCCCUGGGGGUUACGUUUCAAGCAAUAACAGAUCUGUUGCGUGCAGAAUCACACAUUUGGCCUGUUGCAAACAGGUUCAAUUUACAUAGAGGAGUUUUAUUUUUGAAAUAAGGGACAAUCUACAAGACGUACAGGACACUUGAUGUGCUGUUCUUUGCCCUGCUUGACGUGCCGUGGGCGGGGGUCUGCUUCCUGAGAGCUCACUGAUGCUUGGUGUUCAGCAGUUCUGGCUAAGAGGCUUCUGUGGGAACCCGAGUCCUUCUUCUCAGAGAGGGAUCAUUUACAAGUUGAAGUUCAGUCCGAGGACGUCCUGGGAAAGGGGUGGGAAUGGAGCUGUUGCGCCUACUGGUAUUCACAGGCUGGUGUGGGGCUGCAGCGCCUUCAUGGAGAGGAGAAAGCGGCUGUGGGCUGGGUGUGAAGGGUGGGCACUGCGGGACGAGGUGGCCACAGGGCAGUGAGUCCACAGACGGAGCAGAGGUGGUCCCUCUGCAGAAUAUCUUUAUUCAUUUGUAUUAAAUGAACCGAGAGAGUCCCGUGGUGUCCUUAUUCUGUGACAGAGUCUAAUUCCUACGGUAAAAAUAAAGUUCUAUUUUCCCCCUA